UCUCAAACUACUUAGUAUAGACUGGCAAUCAUAGCACACACACAUACACACACCGUCCUCAGUGUAGGUACCCACACUGCCAUGUGCUUACUCCAGUAGUACCUGUACCCUCAGACGGACAGCUACAUGUGUAGGUGUGAGAAGGCCCCACAUGUGAUGCACACGUACACAGUAGUACUACAGAGUGGAAUUGUUUAAAACGUGUCUAGUAGCCAGUGUUAUUGUGGAGAUUCUGCAGAGGAUUGUGUGCACCCUGGGGACCGGGUCAGCAUGUGGAGUGAUGUGGGACCGCCCCACCCUACCCAUCACCUCCACAUCCUCCUCACCCUCCUCCUCUCCCUGCUGUUCAACCUCCGCAUCAUCAUCUACCACUACCCUGCAUAGACCCAUACCUCUACCCUUAAGUGUUGCUCAGGACAAGGAUUGGCUACUUAUUCGUACAAAGAUGCCUGUCUGUAUCUGGCCAGAUACCUGUCUCUUGGGAUGUGCCCUUAAUGAUGUUGGUCACCCGGGGAGUAAAGUUUCCAUGGUACAGCCUCCCCUUCCGGGGUUUGUGAUGUACAACGGUGAACACUUAUCACAACCUCCUCCGGCUCAUAUGGGCAUACCUCCAAUGCACAUAGAUCCCAAAACAGGGUUACCACGACCACCAAUGUAUGCUUACCCAGCCCCCUCACAGUUUCCACCAGGUUUAUACGGUCCAGACCUGUCGCAAGUGCAAUGGCAGAGACAAGGGUACCCCAUCUCCUCAGGUGCCUUCUCCGGGGCAUACCCACCUUCAUUAUUAAACUCAAGUGCAUUAUCACGGUUCGGCCAUCCUGGCCUAUUCCCACCCCCGGGCAUUCCCCACCCAGGCAUGCCUCACCCCACCUUAAUGUCACCAGCCAAUAAACAGGAUGGAGGACAGCAUCCCCACGGCCAAGAUAGAAUGAAUGACCAAGGGGGCAGUGGCCACAAUCAGCGGGAAGAACAAGAAAAGAAGAAACCUCAUAUAAAGAAACCUCUAAAUGCCUUUAUGUUAUUUAUGAAGGAGCAACGGGCCAAAGUGGUAGCAGAAUGUACAUUGAAAGAAUCUGCAGCAAUAAACCAAAUUUUAGGUAGAAAGUGGCAUGCACUAGAUAGGUCAGAACAAACAAAAUAUUAUGAAAUGGCAAGGAAAGAAAAAGAGCUACAUUUACAACUGUAUCCCGGCUGGAGUGCCAGAGAUAACUAUGCUGCACACACUAAGAAAAAGAGGAAAAAGAGAGACACUCCAUCAGGUCAUGCAGAUUGUACAAUUGCAAAAAAGUGUCGAGCGCGUUAUGGUCUGGAGCAGCAGGGACAGUGGUGUAAGCCUUGUCGAAGAAAGAAGAAAUGUAUUAGAUACAUGCUCGACGAUGGAGUCGAAUACGUAACUGACGGGGAAGACGGUCCCAUGAGUGACGACGUGACCACAGGAGACUCUGUGCAUGACAGCGACUCCAUGGUAGGGAGUCCGUUACUUUCGGUAACAAGUGAUGAUGCAUUUUCUACACCAUCAAAGUCUUUCUGCCAAAACUCGCCGCCGUCCUGUUUGGACCUCGAGGACCAAGGCGAGGACCUGGACUUGACUUUAAAGCCUGUUGAUAAUGGUGUGGUUAGGGAGCCCCUGUGUCCCCGGUCUCAUGACCUGAAUGACAGUCGGCAGUAUAGCCUAAACAGAGACCUGAAUGUCACACUGACUAUGUGUACAAGCCCAGUCGAACCAGUGCCUACAUCUCACAGUGCGAGCAGUAUACUUAUCCCCUAGCAGUCAAUAGGUGGGAUCAAAUCUUCAGUCAUUUUCAUUGACCAUGUAUCAGUUAGUGUUAUUGUACAUAAGAACAUAUAGAUGCAAGUGUACAGCAUAAUACCGAGAUCUCAUACUAUUGAUGUCACUAUACUUGGUACUGUAUUCCCUUCAUUAGUCCUCUACCCCCGGAGUUGUUACAUUUGUGCGGUGUGCGUGGAGGAAGGAGGGCCGUUACGUGAUGGACCCUCUCAGGCCUCUGCUGUGCAGGGGCAGACUUUACAGGAGUGGUGUAUCACUAAUCGGCAAAACGGGCAGUACCGUUGUGGAAUUACCUUCUUGUGUCAGAACCACGCUUCAGGAGACCAUUGUAUGGCUCAACAAACAGGAUGUCAAAACAUGUAUGUCGAGCUCAUGGUGCGGUGAUCAUGGUUGCCAUGGUUACAAAACACUUUACCCCUCCCAGGAUUGUGAAAUCACAUGACAUCUCUUUUAGCCGUGUGGUUGCUAUGGUGAUAGCCUUCAGGAAGUUGAGAACUACUUUUUUUCUUACGAUAAAAGGCGUAUGUGAAACAAUUCUAAGAUUUACAAAUAUAUACUUAUGAAUCAGUUAUUAUAUUGUUAAAAAGUCUACAAUAUGAAAAAGUUUUUUUAAAGUAUUUAUAGGUAUACAAAUUUUAGUGAUUUUAGAAUUUUGAAAUACAUAAUAUAUCAGUGAUUGGUUGGUCUUUUUAAAACAAAAUAUAUGAAGUGACUUUUAUCUCUGUGUAGUUGUUUUCCGAUGUAAUCUGAAGGUUAGGUGCACUCCUAGACAGCAGACAAAUGUAACUCUGGCUCCUUCUCUCGCCUACACUGUUGUCGUGGUGUUCAUUGACAGUCAUUAUGUGUGGUAGAUGUUUUCACAAUAAUAUUGUCACUAUGUCUAGCCAUAUGUAGUAAUUUCAUCUUUAUCUCGUCUUUCCUUCCUUGAUAAUAAACCACUCUGUCAGGAUGUGAUGGAGCUGAUCUCUGGGAUAAGUGUGACAAGCACCAGGAAUGUGUGCACCUGUCAGGUGUGAUUGAGGUGUGCGAGUCGUGUGACACCUGUCGGGUGUGAUUGAGGUGUGCGGGUCGUGUGACACCUGUCGGGUGCGAUUGAGGUGUGCGAGUCGUGUGACGCCUGUCAGGUGUGAUUGAGGUGGGCGAGUCGUGUGACACCCGUCAGGUGUGAUUAAGGUGUGCGAGUCGUGUGACUCCUGUCGGGUGUGAUUAAGGUGUGCGAGUCGUGUGACUCCUGUCGGGUGUGAUUAAGGGGUGCGAGUCGUGUGACACCUGUCGGGUGCGAUUGAGGUGUGCGAGUCGUGUGUGGGUGGAUCAGUGUGUAUGGGACUGAAUCAUCUAGGAUGUUUUAUAAAGGUGCAAAAUAAAUCGUAUUCCUUUUUGAAAUUGUACAACCAAACGUGAAGGUCUAUAUAUAUAUGAGUGUGUGUACCAGCUUCCAAGUAUUGUUCCCAUCAGUUGUACACUAUGAUACAUGUCAACUGAUCACAGUUCACCGACAACUUGUAGUUAUUUGAUUUUUUUGAUUUUCGAUAAUUCUUUUGCAAGAAUAUUUUAUUACUGUUUCAGUGAACAUUGUAAAAAAAAAAAUUUUAGACAAAAAUUGUUUCUAUCUCAUUUAAAUACCCGAGUUUAAAAUGUCCCUAGUCUCUGUCUGGUUGUACGAAUAGAUUGAAAGUUUCCGUGUAGAAGUAGCGAGCAUGUCCGCAUUCAUCAGUGUCCAAUACCACAUUACUGCCAGAACAUUUACCAUUGGAGUCUUUAUGUAUGGGCAUCUAGCUUAUAACAACAUUGUCAUUAAUUGGUGCAAAUUUCUUUUUUAUUAUUAAAGUAAGAUGUUAUGUAUGGAUAUUUAUUUGUAUACAUAUAUGAUGAUGAUCAAACCUAAGUAUGUGUCAGGAAAGGAUGAAAGCUGGGACGUAAGAGUUAUCUUUCAUAUAGGGUGUAGAACUACAACUUAAAUCAGUGCCUACAAAAUGUUUCUCACAUUAUAGUAAAAACACAGUCGGUUACUUUUGACAGAUUCUCCUACCUUUUUGGCUAUCUUGUUGAAUUAAUUAGUAAAAAGUAAAUCUUCAUGGCAAAUUCUCACAUGUACUGACUGGUUUUAUGUUCACAUGAAAGUGUUCAAUGAGACAAAAACAGCAGUUUUAUAAUAGAUAAAUAUUUUAUCCAAAGAAAAUAUGAAGCUAACUUACGUUUUGUUUGUGACCUUAUCCCAUGGAAAUAAUUACAGAAAUAUCUUUUUAAAUCUCUUAAACAUGAAGAAGAAAUUUAAUUUCUGGUGACAGGAACUUUUAAGACGAAAGCCAAAGACAUGCAUUUGUCUCUGAAUAAGAUAAUACACUACUAAAGCCUUCCCCUUUUUCUAAACCUUGAAGAAAUAACAGGUUGCCCCAAGACUCCCAACAAACAACAUCCAUAUACAUGUAUAUGAAUAGAUGAUCUCCUACAGUCUGUCGUUAUCAUAGUGUCUGUCCUUGGUUUCUGGUUGUAGUUGUGUAUUAUGUGUACUGUGUUGUGUCCACCCUAGGAGUGUGGAGCCGCUCAUGUCAACUUUAUAUUUCCAUGUUGGGUGUGAGGAUUGUGGCACGUUUGCCUGUACAUAUGAGGAAUUUGUAUAAUGCUCAGAGAACUAUAGAAGUUUACUACUAUAUAAUGAUUAUUACACAAGGUCAGAGAUAGUCUAAUGAUAUUUAUAAUUGUGAUAAAAUGAAGAAAAUAAUACAAUAUACAAGGAAAAUAAUUUCUGCCUUUGUUCAAUUGUGUGAAUGUGUGGGUGUAUGUGCGAGAGGAAUUUUCAAAUUGACAUGAUUAACAAGACACAAGCAUAGCUUUUCAUUACUUAGUCCAUUAAAUGGUACUCACAAGGAAAUCUCACCAGUUUAUUUCAUUAAAUGAAAUAUAGGUCCACAUGUUGAGGUGUAUUAACAAACGUUCAAUAUAUAACAUUGUGUCCAGGUAGAACCAAGGGGGGUAACUUCAUCAGUCCGACAAAAGAGUGACACAGUCCAGUUGUGUUUUUCAGCCACCUUAUUUUUGGCACUAUUCCACAGAAAUUUAUUUCCUUUUGUUAAGUGUGUUCCUUAAAUGCAAUAUAGUGCUACUUACCACAUUCACUGGUAAUCAUGACACAAGAUUUGGGUCAAUGGUUAGAAUUCUGGGCCAUAUAAUAUAUUGUCAAGAUAAUGUGUCAAGUGAAAGCAAUAUGUUUGUAAUUGAUGGUUAUAGAUAAUUACAAAUAUUCCUAUUUGUUUACAUGGGAUAAUACCAAAGAAAAGAAUCUGAAAAUCCCCUACUGACUUACAUUUAUAACUGAAUGUUCUCCAAUGGAAUUGUUAGCGAUUACUGAUACAAGUCGCAAAUCUACAAAAUGCAUUUAAAAUACUACAAAAUGUUUAUUUGCCAAGAGAGAUGUUGUUGUUUUCGAUUGGUUGUAUGGGGUGGUUUUAUUCACCAAAUCUUCAGGUACUGGUAGUCAAAAUUGGGCACAACUACUGUUGUACAGCUGAUUUUGCUUAAAAACACUGAAUUUUAUGAAACAAUUAAAGGAAUAUAAUUAUUGUUUUAUAUAUCUAAUUUUUUUUUUAGUUUCCUUUAAUAUCAUUUUUCAAUUUUGCUUUUCCAAAGAUUUUUUUACUUUGUCAACUGAUAGUUGACAAAGUAACCAUGGUAACUGAUUAUUUUGAAUGCCAUUUUUACCUGUAGUUCUGUUUUAUUUGUAUGCAUGAUUUGUAAAGUAUAAAACGUUAUUUUAGUGGCAACAUGUUGACACUAUGUUGUCACCUAAGUUUGGUUCCAGUGGGUGUGGCCCGCUGAUGGUGCUUGUUUUGUUUUAGACCAGCAGCCACUCGGCCCGACUUACUCUCUGUACACAGCUAAAUUAUGUCACUCUUGUUGUCAAGGUAAUCAAGACGUCUUUUUACAAAUUGACCAGUGUAUUUAUGUGUUACAGCAUUCUUGUUUCUGUAAUAAACCUCAAGUUGAAACUUA